GCCGUCCAAGAGGAACAGGCAGGGACGGGAUUCUGCUGGUCAGGGUGUGGAGUUGUCUGACAGGAAUUUACGCCUGAUGCAUAAGGCGCUGAGAAAGCUGGCGAGGCGCGAGGAGAGGCAACCCCGAAAGCAAAGUGGCAGGGCGGAGGAGGAGGAGAAGGGGGAGGAGGAGGGGGAGGAGGAAGAGGAGGAUGAGGGGGAGGAGGAGGACGACGACGACGAGGAGGAGGAACGGGAGGAGGAGGUGGAGGAGGAGGGGGUGGGGGAGGAGGAUGACAGUGAAGGUUGACCUGAAGACAAGAUCUUAUUGGACCACGUGGCAAAGCAUGGCACACACAAUUGGUUACAUGUCAAAUCCAUGGGUCUGCUGCCCACACGAAAUCACAAGGCGUGCUGCAACCGCUAUAUUCUGCUAAAGAGGAAGCUGUCCAACGUACGUCAGCUCACACGAGACAUGGACGAGGCUGCAAAGGCGAUGAUACCUGCUGUGCCAAAAAUGC